AUGGAUGAUGAAUUAUCCAAUCAAAGCGAAGCUAUCGGUAAUAGUACAGUUAUAACGGGAAAUGAACUAAGGGAACUGAGAGGUAUCCUGAACGUAAAAGGAAACUCAGGUAAGGAAAAAUUGACCAUCUUGAAAUAGAAAGAAAUCAUUGGAAAGAACUAGCUGAAACCGAACGAACUGCAGGACGUGAACAGAAGGCUCUCCUUUACGAAGCAAUGGCAGACAUGGCAGAGCUAAAAGCAGACGAAAUAAGGUUAAGAUCAAACGAACGACCAAAGGGACCAAAAGCUAUGUCCAUCGUGGAAGAACAGGUAGAAAUAAACGAUCUUACAAGGUUCGAAAGAUUUAAAAAAUGGGCAAAAGAAAAUAUAUCCGGAAUAUCAGUCGUAGCAAUAUCUGUGGCGGGUAUCAUCACCACGAUUAUUAUAGGAGCUAGAAGCGUAGCAAAAAAGGGAGCAAGAGCAACAAGCAAAUUCGCAAAAGCAAUGGCAAACCUAGCCGGGAAGGUCGGACCCGUACUAGCAUCCGUACUAAACAUCAUCGCCAAAGUUUUGUCAUGGGGAGCAAAGGGUAUUGCGUUCCUUGCGAAGAAUCUUUGGAUUUUAGCUCUAGUAUUAACCUACUUCCUGUACAACGAAUACGUAAAAAGGAAAAAAUAAAUACUAUAUAAUAAAUGAGUAACACAAACGAACUCAUCGUACUCAGCGCAAUCGCCGCAAUUGCGGUAAACAGCGGUCUCACGCCGGGGCAAGUCCUGGGGUUGAUGGGAGCUGUGAAAAUCGGAUACCGCCUCGCGGACAACAUGAUAGCAAUUGCCUCUAUGGAUAAACUCCAAGAACCAUGCAACUGUCAGGAUACCGGAGAAUCCGAGGAAGAAAACUAA